AUGAAGUAUGCUCAGCUUGUUAUGGGUCCGGCGGGAAGCGGAAAGUCGACCUAUUGUUCGGUGAUUCACAAUCACUGCCAGAAUAUCGGUCGAUCGUUGAGAAUGGUGAAUCUCGAUCCGGCGUGCGAGGCAUUCAAUUAUCCGGCGGUUGUUGACAUUCGCGAUUUGAUCAGCGUCGGCGAUGUGCAAGAGGACGACGAGCUCAUUCUCGGACCAAAUGGAGCAUUAGUGUUCUGCAUGGAAUAUCUCAUCAAGAAUCUUGAAUGGCUCCACGACGAGCUCGACGAGGGCGAAGACGAUUAUUUCGUGUUCGACUGUCCCGGACAAAUCGAGCUCUACAGUCAUUUGCCGGUGAUGCGUCAGAUUGUCGACGCGCUUCGCUCGUGGGACUUCAACGUGUGCUCGGUGUUCCUCAUCGACACCAAUUUUGUGCUCGAAGCUGAAAAAUUCAUCUCGGGAGCUCUAACCGCGUUGUCGGCGAUGAUCUCCAUCGAGACGCCGACUGUCAAUGUGCUCACCAAAUUGGAUUUGUUGUCGGAGAGAAAUAAGCAAUUGGUCGAUGAAUUCCUCGAGACGGACACGCGAAGCAUCGUCGACAUGGAUCAGAACGUGUGGAACGCGCGUCAUCGAAAUUUGACGCGCGCGAUCGCGCAAGUCCUCGAGGACUACUCGAUCGUCAAAUUUGUGCCGCUCAACAGCGAGGACGAGGAGAGCAUCGAGCAACUAUUGCUCACAAUCGACACUUGUAUUCAGUAUGGCGAAGACCUCGAGGUCAAGGAUAAUUAUCCUGAAGAGCGCGAUGAGGAGGAUGAAUGA